UUGUUCCGGAUAUAUAAAGUGCGCAUGAGAGGCGUUUAUGGCAGUUUUACUUUUGAAUUGAGCCUGCAAGUAGUGAAUCUUGUUUUGGAUCAGAAAUAAAUCAAUUUGUUUUGUUUUUAAGCGUCGCAGCAUGAAUCGCUUUCACCUGUUUGCGUUUUUAAUUUGGUAUUUAAUUGCGGACAGCAAAGCAAUAAUCAGAAUUCCUCUGCACAAGAUACGCACUGUGCGCCGCAUGUUGGCAGACAAUGGCAUGACUAUUGAAGAGAUCAAAUCUAUGGCCAAGUUAUCUGGACAGACAGCCCACACAACUGCAUUCCCCAAUCAACCACCACCUGUGGAGAAACUCACCAACUUCAUGGAUGCCCAGUAUUUUGGAGUGAUCAGUAUUGGUACCCCUCCUCAGGACUUCACUGUGCUGUUCGACACUGGAUCAUCCAACCUCUGGGUUCCAUCUGUCCAUUGCUCCUACCUGGAUAUUGCCUGCUGGAUGCACCAUCGCUACAACUCAAAGAAAUCGAGCACUUAUGUUCAGAAUGGCACCAAGUUCUCAAUCCAGUAUGGUAGAGGGAGUCUUUCUGGCUUUAUCAGUCAGGAUACAGUCACUUUGGCAGGGCUAAAGGUUACAGACCAGCAGUUUGGUGAGGCUGUUAAGCAGCCUGGGAUUGUGUUUGCGGUGGCGCGUUUCGAUGGCGUAUUGGGUAUGGGAUAUCCUGCAAUCUCUGUAGAUGGCAUCACACCAGUGUUUGACACUGCCAUGGCUGCCAGAAUCUUGCCCCAGAAUAUCUUCUCCUUUUACAUCAACAGGGACCCUGCAGGUGGGGUUGGAGGUGAGCUGAUGCUGGGAGGUUUCGACCAGCAGUAUUUCGACGGUGAUCUGCAUUAUGUUAAUGUUACGAGGAAAGCCUACUGGCAGAUCAAGAUGGAUGAAGUUCAAGUGGGUGGCACUCUUACCCUGUGCAAAAGUGGUUGCCAGGCAAUUGUUGACACGGGAACAUCACUGAUCACUGGGCCUGUUCAAGAGGUUAGAGCACUGCAGAAAGCCAUCGGAGCAAUUCCACUGCUUAUGGGAGAGUACUGGAUUGACUGUAAGAAGAUUCCGUCACUUCCUGUUGUUUCUUUCAACCUGGGAGGGAAGAUAUUCAACCUAACUGGAGAAGAAUAUGUUAUGAAGGUGACUCAAAUGGGCAUGAGCGUUUGUCUGUCUGGCUUUAUGGCUUUGGAUGUCCCGCCCCCCGCUGGUCCCCUGUGGAUUCUGGGAGAUGUGUUCAUCGGCCGCUAUUACACUGUGUUUGACAGGGAUGCUGAUAGGGUGGGCUUUGCUCCAGCUAAGUGAAGAGAGAGUGAAUCGUCCUAUUGUAUCUGGACAUAGUGGACAGUUGUUAGUAGUAAAGAAACCACUGUUUUCAUUGAAGUUGUUCAAUUAAUUCACAGUUGAAAUAUGCAAGAUAGAUAUACUGGGGAAGUUAACAAUAUGCCUUAAGUGGGAUUUUCCAAAGUACAAAAGUUAAACCGAACUGGGAACAUAUUGUUUAGCUGGGGUUUCUCUGUACUUGGUUGAAGCCUUGAAAUAUGUGUGGUUUUUAUUUUGCACUGAGUUUAAAUAGUUAUGCUUUUUUAUUUUAUACUUUAAGCUAUUAAUUAUUUUGUAAUACAUUUAAUAAAGAUUGAAGUUAGUUUUUGAAAGAAGAAUUAUUACUGGUCUAUAUGUAUUACUGUGGUUGUGUUGCUGUGUUUGACUUUGAAUGUAUGGUUGAACCAUUCUGAUCACUGGUGUAUUCUAGUCAGUUAAUGGGGUUUCUGUUACUAGGGAACUCCAACUUUAUCAUGACUACUUUACUGUUUCUUUACUAUCUAUGUAAUUUUGAACAAUGGUACUAGGAUUUGUAUGAAGGCUUUCAAAGCUUGAGAUAAAAAGUUUUCUUUGUA